AAAAAGUACAGGCAGAGAUUGACAGAGUGAUUGGCCAGAGGAGGGCAGCAAACCUGGCUGACCGAGAGUCCAUGCCCUACACCAAUGCUGUCAUCCAUGAGGUGCAGAGGAUGGGCAACAUCAUCCCCUUGAAUGUUCCCAGGGAAGUCGCAAUGGAUACCAAUUUGAAUGGAUUCCACCUGCCAAAGGGCACCAUGGUUCUAACCAACCUGACUGCACUGCACAGGGACCCGAGAGAGUGGGCCACCCCAGACACCUUCAAUCCAGAGCACUUUUUGGAGAAUGGACAGUUUAAGAAGAGAGACUCCUUUCUGCCAUUCUCAAUGGGAAAGAGAGCUUGUCUUGGAGAACAACUGGCUAGAUCUGAGCUGUUCAUUUUCUUCACUACUCUCGUGCAAAAAUUUACCUUCAAGCCUCCAAUCAAUGAGAAGCUGAGCCUGACUUUCAGAAAUGGCCUCACACUUUCUCCAAUCAGCCACCGCAUCUGUGCUGUCCCUAGAGAGUGAUGCUCGAGAAGUAAAAAGAAAAGGAAGAUAUGGUGCAUGCCCUGAAGCUUCUGGGCUUGCUCAUAUGAGAGGAUAAAGUUGUCACAGAAGGAAGGUUAUUCAAUAAUUAUUGAAGAAAUUUUGCUUAGAAAAUUGAAGCAAACUCCUAAAAAGUUGUCCCCUUGAUUUGGUGGUGGGCACAUCAUUUAUGAGAUUAGUGACAUGCCUUUUAAUCUAUAAAUUUUGAGGAGAAUGGUGAUUCUUCCUAUAAAGAGGGUACAUUAAAUUUAAUUUAAAAUGGAUUCCACAUCAAAAUUAAAAGAAUAAUUAUUAUCUAAAAAGUAAACAUUCCAGGUUCAUCAUGAAUCAUUAUCUUGACUGGGGUACCAUCAGUUUGCCUCAUUCCUUCUUUCAUGCACUUUUGUUCGCAUCUGGAACAUUGAAAUGUUAGUCUGAAGUGAUGCAAAGAGGGAAUAAGAAGCAGAACUGAGCUUCUUAUUGCAUCCACAGAAACAAGUUAUUGAGACUCUCCCAGAAGACAGAUCUGUCACUAACUUCUGUAGAUCUAUGUCUAAAGAGAUCUGGAAACCAGUAGAGAGGAUGUUUCCUUACUCAUAGGCAGACAGAACAAGUGAAGGUAUAAAUUCAGUUGCUUGUAUAUUUUAAAUUUUUAUUGUUCUUUAAAGAAUUUUAUAUCAUGUAUCCCAAUCCAAAUUACUUCCCCACCACCUCAUAUCUUCCACCCUUGCAACCUCUGGCCAAAUAGAGAAUAAAAUAUAUCAUUGAGGA